UUAAAUUUCCAUUACGAUCGAAACUAAAAGUUAAAAUAAAAAAAUAAGUAGCCAAUCAAAUUGAAGUUAUUCUUGUUCCGAUUCGAUCCUUUUAUUAACAUUGCAUACGUUAUGUUUCAGAUGUUCACUUGCAUAAAUUAACAUAAUAUUAGAACGAUGGCUUCACCAGCCAAGGCGCAUCUUUACCGCCAUGUAAAGCACCGCUAUUUUUCACUGUCAGCAUGUCAAUGGCGACGGAAACCAAAACCUGUAAGAGACAUGAGCAAACGAAAUUUGCAAGGUGAGGAGUUAAAGGAACAUAUGCGCAAGAGAGAAGAAAGCAUGAAAAAACAAGAGCCCUACAAGCUAGCACUUGCCGAUGUUAUAAAUAAAUUCAAAAUAGAAAUCGAAGAAAACGAGCGACGAAAGCACGACAUACAAGGAGAAAUGAUGAGACGUGAAUUGGCUGAACGGGAACAGGCUGCAAAGAAUUUAACUAUCAUAGCGAAAAGUAACGAAGAACUGAGAAGGCAAAGAGAGCUGCAAAAACUAAUUGAUGAAGAUGAAGCAAAAAGGAGAGAGGAAGAAAUACUUCUUCAAAAACAAAUUCUCAAAGAAGAAAUUAAGAAAAGAAAUACAAAACUUGUACUGCGUAUUAUAGAAGAAAGCAAAGACUUUGUUACUGCAGAGAAUCUUGAAGAUAAGCUCACUGCAGCUUUGGAGAACGAAAUAAACUUUAACUACGCUAUCACAAGCGAGGGAAAGAAAAUACAUUCAACGAAGCCGCCCGGUAAUUUGGACGACUGGAAGGGUGCAAGUCCGUCUGCGUAUAUUAUGGGUGGUAUAAAACCAGGAAGCGGGCAGUGGAACAUUAUAUUUCAAGGUAGAGACGGUGAUAAACAAAGUCGCAAAGAAAGUUGAUGGUUAUUUUUGUUUUGUUCAGAGCGUGGUAGUAAGAAAUUAGCUACCUAACAAAAAAAUCGGUUGCCCUGUCGCUAUUUGCAAAGCUGUUUAGACAUUAUUGUUUUUACGAAAACAUAUCCGGACAUUUGGCACGUGUAAAAAUUAAAAUUAAAAGUCAACCUCGACAGCCUUUGAUGAAAUAAAAUGACACAAGAUAAACUGAUGUGGAAUUUGAUUAUGUUAAAAAAACCCUGAUUUAUAAAACAUGAGAGUGAGGCUGCUGUGGUACACGUCAUUAAAAGAAAAUUAUUACAAUUAAACUCAUUUAAUAUCGUUUCUUUAUGAAAUUGGUCCAACAUCCUUAAAUUUAAGCGCGUUUUAUGCAUUAGUCACCCGCACACCCCUCUCCUUUCUUAAAUAUGCACACGUCAGCGAAAGUUAUUUCCACAACAUCAUUGAUCUAGGAUAAUGGGAAGUUCGCUGAGAUCGAGGUUGGUCGAAUAAACGUCUAAAAAGGUCUCGAAAAUUUAAGUUAGAACGCGGAAGCUUAUAUCAAUUCUAAGUAAGAAUGCGGAAGCUUAUAUUAAUUUUAAAGUUGGUAAAACAACAGCUGUUUUUAAGAAAUAUAUUUAAAAAAAAACAAUAAAUUUUUACCUUAAUUUUUUUUUCUUUUGGAACUAAUAAUGUCUUGGAAUAUCUCAUUUUUUUAUAUUGCUC